AUGUCGCACUCUGAAAGUGCGACAGAGACGCACACUGAGAGUGUGUUUUUCUAUUAUUAUUAUCCCGACGCAAUGUUAAACCGCCUCUCUGUCGCACUUAUAAAAAUGAGUCUCCCUACUUCAUAUGAAGUGGACAUGCCACAAGAAAGGGUGGAAGAAACGCAAUUAGCCAAUGUAGAAGAUCGACAUGAUGUGCCAAUUGCAGCGGACUACACAGAACAAUUUACCACAGACAGGGUUUUUGGUACUCGGGAUGAGCUUUUGGAUUGGGCUAAGAAUGUAGGAAAGCAACUAGGCUUUGUGAUCAUUAUUAGAAGGUCUGAUUGUGGGAGCAAGGACCGUGGGAGAAAAGGCAGACAGUUGACUAUUUUUGUGUGCAAGAUGAGCGGCAAGUACAAACAGUACAAGCAUGUGUUGAUGCAGAAGGGGAUAGAAACCAAGAAAUGUGAUUGUCCGUUCAGGCUCAAGGCGAGAUACACAUCAGAAGAUGGUUUGUGGAGGUUGACUGUAGUACGUGGAGACCACAACCAUGCGCCGGCUGAUACUCUAGUUGGCCAUGCCUAUGUCGGUCGCCUUACAAGUCAAGAAAAGGAUAUAGCGGGUAAAAUUGUUGACAAUAAAGUCAAGCCAGGUGUUAACACCAAAAUUUCCAGCACGUACAAGAUCAACAAGUAUAGGAUAUCAUUGCUGGAGAUGGUUGGUAUGACAUCAGUUGGAUUCACAUACACCAUCGCUUUUGGCUACAUGUGCAAUGAGCGUGAACCUGAAGUUACAUGGGCACUUCAAAAACUAAGGGGGUUGCUACUUAGGGAGGAGGACAUGCCUAAAGUCAUGGUUACUGACAAAGACACUACUUUGAUGAACGCAGUUACAGCCACAUUCCCUACAACAGCUCACUUGCUAUGCCAAUUCCAUAUUGCUAAGUGUGUGAAGACAAAGUGCAAGCUCACUAUCGAAGACAAGGAGAUGUGGGAUGAUGUCGAGGACGCAUGGAAUAGAGUCAUCUAUGCCGAGUCAGCGGAGGAGUUUAAUGCGAGCAUAGACUUCUUACGUUCACUUGUUGGGGAGCACUCUAACCUCAUGCAUUACAUUAAGGAAACUUGGUUGCCGUUUAAGCACAAGUUUGUGAAGUAUGCGAUUGACCGUUAUAUGCACAUGGGUAACACAACUACAAACAGGGUUGAAGGUGCACACGCAAAAUUGAAAGCGUGCAUCAAAGAUAGCAAGAGUGACAUGUGUACGGCUUGGGCAGCUAUACAUAGGUGCACACUUCUCCAGCAUACAAGGAUUAAUGCUGCUUUUCAGGCAAGUAUCUUCAUCAGAGAGCACACAUUUAAGGAGAAGUUGUACGACAACCUGCGUGGUGUAGUCUCAAGAUAUGCGCUCAUGUUGAUCGCAAAGGAGAAAGCGCGCGUUGGAAAAUGCGGCUGCACUAUGAGGAGGACACGCGACUUGCCUUGUUCAUGUCAGAUUGGUAGAAUGACCACUAUUCCAUUAACGGCAGUGGUCCAACAUUGGAGGAGUCUUACAUCAACAUCUCCACCUGAUGAAUCCCAACCUGUUUUGGGAUUGAGCAUUGCGACAAAGUUAGAGGUCAUUGCAAAGAUGUUUGAAGAAGCUAAUGUUCCGAGAAGACAAGCUAUCAAAGAGAGGCUUCGGGAGAUUGCAUACCCGGAUCAGACUUCUAUGUGUCCUCCUCCAAACAAGUUUCCUACAAGGGGUCGGCCCAAUGAACCUAAGAAUGUUGAAGAUGAUGGGAAUUGUGGAUAUAGAUGCAUUGCUUCCUUGAUGGGUAAAGGAGAACAAAAUUGGCGUCAAGUCCGACAAGACAUGAUAAAGGAGCUUAGAUUACGGCAAGGUGUUUAUCAUGGAAUGUAUGGCACCAACACACAUUACGAAAAAGUACUACAAAUCUUGCAUCUUGCUCCAAAUGAGUUUGCAACGGAGGAGAAGUGGUUAUGCGUGCCGGAUAUGGGCCACAUUGUUGCUACGAUGUACCAGAUUGUGUUCGUGACCUUGUCGAAUCAAGGGGGCGCCACCUACUUCCCUCUCACCGGUCCAGUUCUACAUCCGUCAGAGCACCAGAUUAUAUGUUUACUCCUUGUCAACAACAACCACUGGGUGAAGGCGCUUAUUUCAAGUGACUUUCCUUUGCCAACGGUUCCACAAUGGAUGUAUAAUUGUAUUGUUGAAGCUCAUGGUUGGCAGCUACCAUACAUGGAUCGCAUGGCCCUAUUCAACGAACUCUAUCGAAAGACAAAUGUUUCUGUUUCUGUUGGAUUUUCUGUUUCUGUUUGUUUCUGUCAAGUUUCUGCAAAAUCUCGCCCUUUAAAACUGCGUGACCAACGCACUUUCAGUGUGCGAUGGCAGAAAUACAAGGCUGCAAUGUUUGAUUUUGCUGAAAUUAUCAAGAAGCAUAACAGCUCGAAACAAAAUAUUGGUGUUUACAAAAGAGAUGAAAAUCCAUAA